GACGACGAAAAUUAUUGGUGCUUCUCUGUUGACCACUUGAACCAUCAUCCACCGGAAACCAGCACACACACACACACAGACUGAACACAGAAUAAUAACAAUCGAAAACAAAAACAAAAAAAUCUGCCCAAUUCGAGGAUCCACCACCAUGUCUUUCAUGGACGAUCCCGGUGGUCACUACCCCCUCGAUCGAAAGCUGGCUCAAUUACGGGCUGACUUCGGAGAGGACAUCGCGGUCUAUGACUACGCAGAUGACGGCUUGAUCGAGUCUACGGCUGGACUGGAGGAAGACAUGAACGAUUUUAAUGACGAGACUUUCGGAAUGGAUACUGUCGAUAAAGAUUUCGAUUUCUCGGGUUCCACGGCUCAAUACCUUGGUGUCUCUGAACCCCCCAAGCAAAAACCUCAAGGUGGUGCGAGUUGGACUACCAUGUCAAGUCUCUUGGCGGACCGUGAGCCCGGCGGAUCUUCAACUCCUCGUCCUUCUUCACCGCCCCGUCGGAAGGCCGGACCCGUCAGCCUACUCGAUGAUCCAUUGCUCGCGCCCAAAUCGACCAUUAGCCACCGCCACUCAAGCGGCCCAUUCACUCCUCCAAAGCCACCCGGAAGUGCGCCGGCUACCACCAUCUCCAAACCUCACAAGAUCCGUACCUUGGAGGAGAUCGAAGCAGAACUCCGAGCCAACUCCGCUGCAAAGAACUCGAUCCCCUCAUCCAGUCUCCCUCCUCAGGCAUUGACUCUCGAACAAGUUGAAGCUGCGCUGUUGGCGAACCAUGAAAGAAAGCUCGCGACAACUACCGCCAGCAGAUCAUCCACCCCUCAUGCACUCCCCUUCUCUCAGCCUUCUUUACAGGGUCGGACUCCGUCAGUACAGCACAUCCAACGCAAUAUCAACCUACAACCAGUCAUGUCAUCUCCCGUCAUGGCGCCAAUGACCCGGCCAAGCCACACUCCAUCUAGUUUGCCUCCGCACAAUCAUCCAGCUCACCCAGCUCAUCCGCAACAUUCGGAAUGGUUACGUCUGCAGCAGCAACAGCAUCAAAUGUACACCAACAUUCCAACGCAACAACAUAUGCCUAUCCAGCCCUUAAUGUCACGCCUUCCAGCCAUGCCUUCUCCCCCCCAAGUCUUACCUGGUCGACAUUUAUCCAAUCCCCCGGGUGUCGGCUUUGGCCCUAACAUGAGAGCUGGAUCUGUCCCGCCUCGGAGUGCGACUCAAACCCCAUUUGUUCAGGCCUCUAAUGUUACAAUUCCGGUUGAAGAACUUCGAUCUGCGGCUGAAGCUCGUAUACAAGAACAAGAGCGACGAGAAGCUCUUCGUCGCCGAAAGGCUGCCAAGAUUGCUGAGAUGUCAAAGUACAACAAUCUUAUGAGUCAAGGUGACAAAGAUUUCAUCACGCGGAUCCAAGUCUCUCAACUUGUCAACCCCAGCCACGGCCAGGUUGGCUUUGACCCGUAUGCCGAUGACUUCUACUUCCACGUAUACUCUGCCAUCCGUGCUAGUCGAAUGGCUGCUCAGCACCAGUUUCACACAGCAAAUGCUGGUAGACGAACCCAUACCGCUUCUUCCGACGAGAGGAUCAGCCAAGACUAUGAUGGAGUCGGUGGAUUCGAGCCAGUCCGGAACUCCCGAACGGUCGAAAGGCGUUUGACUCGGCGGGACCAUGCGAUGAUUCGAAUGGCGCAAAAUGUUCAGCGGAUCAUCGAUCACGCGAAGGAGCGCCCGAAGAUGUCACAAGUUUCGUUGGAGGGAGCGUUGGGUAAAAUUUCUCUGCGAACUCGUUCUGCGCCUAGACAGAUGCUUCAAGUCCAACCGACGUCUUCAGACGAUUUGACUACAGCUGCAGGAGGUGAAAAUCAUCCUGGGGCGCUAGCGGGUUCAUUGCCAAACACUACUCCGAUAGGUGCUGGUCAACCCGCCAUGCGUCACCGACAAAUUUUGAUGUCAUUAGAAAGAUUAUAUUCUACAGUACUUGAAGUCGAACAGUUACGCCGAACCCAGCCCAACGUCCAAUUGAGUGGAUUCGAUAUGGAAGAGGCGAAUAGUCAACUGGAAGAAUGGGAGGCUCAGUACGAAAGUCAAAAGGAGAAGAUUUGGAAGCAGCUUAGAGUCUUGGAUCCCCUUGGUAUAAGCCACCCCCACCCCUUCGUCUCGUUAAUUUCCGUUCCAAAGGGCAAACGUGUCCUUCCUCGAGUGAUCCGACUCUUGAAUCGGGAGCAAUCCCUUCAAGUUCUCACCCUACUCGUCGCCACUUUCGAAAGCCUCGAUGUCGUGUCCGAUGCGCGUUUACUCGAUCUCCCCUCGGAGUCGCCCUUCCCACUGGGGAAACGAAGUCGACCGGAGUUUGAAUUGGAGACCGAGCUGUUCAUGAACUGUGUGGUGGCACCGAUGAUGACUGUCAUUAAUGAGAUCUCGUUAGAUCUUGUCACUGGGCUUGUCUCACUUUUGAUGGCGCGCAACGACCUCAUGCUGAUUGCACGCUCGAAAGCGGGGAUCGCAUUCUUGACCUUGUUUUUAAGUCGUGCGGAGCUGCUAAGGAGUGCACCACCUCUCGAGAGUCAAGAACAGAACGACUCAACUCUUCCGAGCCACGAAUCGAUCUUAAGAUGGCAAGGGGUGUUCAACCAAUUGUUCCACUAUCUCAGUUCCGACUUUCCGUCUCUAUUCCCAUCGACCCGUUUAGCUGGAGCAUUGUCCUUAGGAGCUGGCUUACCACCACAAGCGAUGACUGAUUCGCUUGAGAUGAACCAGAAGUACAUGAGGCCUGGGAUCGAUCUCGAGGAUGAACCGGUCUGGCAGUUGAUGGCCGCCCUGGCCGUUUCGACCGACUCCGAUGGACAACAAACUUUGGUGGGCGGAUUGAGAGGUAAAGUCUUGGAGAACGUCAUCGCCGUCAGCAAGAAAUCGGUCUCGGAUGAAAUCGGAGCUUUCAAAAUUAGAAAUGUCAAUUUGAUGCUACAUGCUUUGGGACUAGACGCAAGUAUGAUAAAGCUUUAGAUCGUUAAAUAUUUAUACAUGAGAUCUACCCCUUCUUUUUUGCAACUUUUUUUUGUUUUGUUUCUUCCUUAUGCUAGCUUGAAAUUUUUCUUUUCCCCCUCUAUUUCCCUCCUCAAUAUUUACAUGCAACACAAAAAGAAGAGAACAAAAACUGAUUUACCUGCGCCAUCAUCAUAAUCCUCUAGAAAAUUAUUUAAGAAAUAACAUUAUAAAUUGAAUUUGGUUGUUUGAAGGAUCAAGUAAUAUAUAUUUAUAUAUGCAAG